CGAAGGUUCUGUGCGCGAAACCAGUCCCGUGGUUCGGGUCUAGACUCCACUGCUUCCUUUCCCCUGAAAAGAAUGGCUCCAUAUUGCAGAUCCGAUCCCCCCUGUGGAAUCGAACGAUCUGCAAUACUUUAUCUCUAAUGUGACCUUCCCCGGACUCUUCUCUCUUAAUAUAUUCUCUUUUAUUUUUUUCCUCAUGUUUAUCGUUACAGGAAUGUCACGUACCUAACCUGAAGUCCAUUCCCGAACGACAUGGACCGAUCAGUACAACGCCCUCCUUCGACUGACGGCGGCAACGCAAUGGGUCCUCCAAUGAUCGAUUAUGGCGACCCGGCCCUUCUAUCCCAUGACAAUGCCGGCCCCCAGCUCCUCGCCGUCGGUUGGUCACUAUGGUGCGCGGCGGGGUUAUUUCUAGGCACAAGAGUCUACUGCAAGCUCAUCGGCAGCCGGCGGCUAUGGUGGGAUGAUCACUUCUUGAUCGCAUCACAGGUCAUCCACCUGGUAGCGACCUGCUUGAUGACGAUGCUGGUGGCAGAUGUGGGCUACGGGAAGCAUCCUUGGGACAAACCCGGUGUCAGUCCAAUACCUUCCACCAAAGAGCUCCUUCUUAUGAUACCGCGAGCUACCCUUACCAUCACUGCAAUGUCCUGGAGUAAAACAGCCUUCGCCAUUACCAUGCUACGCUUCUCCGAGGGUUGGAUGAAGUGGGCCGUAUGGUUCAUCAUCAUCAGCAUGAACAUCGCCUUCGGACUCUCUGCCAUGGUCCCGUGGCUCCUUUGCACACCGAUCCAGAAGACGUGGGACCUGAGCGUCGAGGGUUCAUGCCAUUCAUUCAACGUCUCACUCGUGCUUGCAUAUGUGUCCGGGGCAUACUCGGCCCUCUGCGAUCUUGUGUUAGCCUUGUUGCCGUGGAUGAUCAUUUCGAAGCUGCAAAUGCGGACCAAGGAGAAACUAGGCGUGGGCAUCGCCAUGAGCAUGGGAAUCAUCGCCGCAAUUAUGGCCAUAGUCAAGACUGUCUCGCUUCAAAAUCUCCUCAAGAUGGACUCGUUCUAUACCGCCCAGCUCAACAUCUACGACACUGCGGAAAUAUCUGUCACCAUCAUGGCCGCCUCUAUCCCUGCGUUGCGCGUGCUUUUCAACGAAGUGCGCACCUCGGUCCGCACAAAGGGCAGACAGUAUUACCAGGCUACGACGCCCCAGUAUGGUGCAAAUCGGACUGGGAUCGUCAUUACUGUCAAGGCCGAGGGAAACAUGGAGGAGGAGCGGCCUGGUUGCGGAGAUGAUAUGAGCGACACAGGGAUUUUGGGAUCGAGCACCAGCCACGACCCAAAACGCAUUUGCCGGGUUGAUGAGGUCGAGGUGGUUUCAACAUACAGUAAUGGGAAAAGAAGCAUGAGUGAUGAGGAAGGCGGAUACGAGAUGCAGAAGACUGUUAGGAAAGGGUCGAUGCCGGAGUAGUUUAGCGGCCACGCAUAAUUUUUCUUUCAUUUGCAGGUAUAGCGUCAAAGUGUUUCUCGGUAUGUUUGAGGGUUAUCCUCAUUACCAGAGCAAGAAAGAAAAGUAAAAGAAAAGCUUCAUCCUUGACGUUUUGGAGAAACAAAAGUUGGCCGGGGAGCAUUGGAAGUCAGGGGGGUUGCUCGCUAGCGUCAGUCCUUGUUGCUUCCCGGAUCUAUCUGUAACAAUCAAGCGACCUCAAGCAAGUUAUCCUGCCUCGCCCACAAAACACAGCCAAGACUUCA